GCAGUCGAGUUUAAGUGCGCGCAGCGGCGAUUGCUUACAACAGUGUGUCGAACGCCUCCGAUGCGCAACGUUGCAGCUCCGGUAGAAAACAGAUUUUUUCGAAAUUACGUUGAUUUCGAAACAUUGGUUUUCGCGUUUGCAACAGGUGCAACGUCGAGUAUCAUCGUUUGUUGAUAUAUUUUUUUUAUUUUUUUUUUUUUUUGAUGGACAAAUGGUCGAUUGAUUUUUGUGAAAAAGUUACAUUCAAAUUAGCGACCGUCCAGUUAUAAUUAUAUAAUAUUUGCGUUUGAUUUAUAGAGGCAAAAAAAAAUGGCGAUUUCGGAAAUGUGUAGCGCCGAGAAUAUCAUGGGUUCUAAGUUGAUGAUUUCCGUCAAAAUGCCGAACAAGGACGAACCGUUACUGAAAGAAGACACACCUGAACUAACAAAACUGACCAAAGGCAGUUCGCUUAAACAGAUCCUCGUCGCUUUAUCGGCCAACUGGGGUACCAUAAAUACUGGGCUCGUGUUCGGCUACACCGCCGUCAGUUUACCCCAACUUAUGACGGUCGGAUCCAGGAUUCCAAUCAACAGACAUCAAGCCUCUUGGAUAGCUAGCGUGUCAACCAUCGGGACGCCGUGCGGAUGCAUAUUGGCCAGCUACUUCACCGACUUAUUGGGUCGAAAGAAGACCUUAAUCGUGUUGCAGUUGCCCGCUAUCGUGGGAUGGUUGUUGGUGGGUUCCGCGACAUCAGUUCAGUGGAUUUACAUCGGCAGAUUCCUGGCGGGUCUGAGUUCCGGCAUGAUCGGCUCACCGUCCCGAGUGUACACGUCUGAAGUGUCACAGCCGCACUUGCGCGGCAUGUUGUCCGCGUUCGCAUCUGUUGGAACGUCUUUGGGUGUCAUGUUGGAGUAUUUCAUCGGUUCAUUUUUAGACUGGGACAAGUUAGCGUUCUUCAACGCCACGAUGCCCGCGAUUGCGUUGCUUCUAGCAUUCUUCAUACCAGAAUCGCCGUCGUGGCUAAUAUCGUCCAAGAACGACGAGAUCCGAUGCAGGGCCAGCCUGAGACGGGUGCGAGAUAGUAAGUGCGACGUGGACACCGAAUUCAACGACCUGCUCAUGUCCACCAAAACAGACGAGUCGACUACGUUCAAGGAAAAGCUCCGGCUCAUCAGCCGUCCGUCCGCGUACAAACCGUUCAUAAUUGUUUCCAUCUAUUUCCUGCUGAGCCAGUUCUCUGGACUGAACGUGGUCACGUUUUACGCAGUCGACGUGAUACGGGAUUCGGGUUCUACUUUUGACAAAUACAUGGCCACCAUCGUACUGGGAUUCAUUCGGUUGGCAUUCACUGUGAUCGGUUGCGUGUUGAUGUGGCGACUGGGCCGGAAGCCGCUUUCCUACGUAUCCAGUGUGGGGUGCGGCAUAUCGAUGCUGUGCUUUGCCGGUUACAUGUACCAGAACGCCAUUUGGGUGGCGGCCGGGCAACCCGCUUCAAACACGUGGUUCCCGAUCGCAAGCCUGUUCGUGUUCUACGCCUGUUCAACGAUCGGUUACCUAAUCGUGCCGUGGGUGAUGAUCGGCGAGGUGUUUCCCAGACAGAUCAGGGGCAUGCUCGGUGGUGUGGCUACGUGCGUCGGACAUUUCUCCAUAUUCAUCGUGCUCCAGACGUACCCGAUGCUUCAGGAACUGGUCACAAAGCCCGGUACGUUCGCCGUGUACGGUGUCGUGUCUCUGCUUAGCACCUUGUUCUUUUACUACUUCUGCCCGGAGACCAAAAAUAAAACGCUGCAAGAGAUCGAGGAUUCGUUCCACAAUAAGAAAAAACAGAAAAGGCCCGUUGUCAUCACAACCAAUGGAAUGGCUUCCAUCCAAUGCGAUAACAACAACAAAAAAUUUACAUAUCCCGAUAUUGUCUUCAAUUUGCCAAACCGCGACACUAAUGUGACCGUGUGAAGACUCGACGACGGUUGUGUUAAAUCGAACACUACGACGAUGAGGAAAUAUCGCCAUCGAUUAGUUCCUUAUUGAAUAUAUAAUAUGUGUAUAUAUUUGUUUUAUUAUUUUUAAUGAUUUAAUGUCGUAUCUCGUUGCAAUACGUAGCACGUUGUCUCGAACAUGGUUUUAUAUAAUAAUGCUAUUGUUAAAACUACGAUUAACUCGAUUAAGUAUUGUUUUCGAUGGUUUCAAACUUUGAAAGAUGCGACGAUAUUAAUGGCAUUUUUACUUUACCUACCAUAAUAUCAUUAUUGAUGUAGUAUUAGAUUUUACGAUAUUUAUACCUUUAUAGUUGUUUUUAAGACUGACUAAAAGUGAUUUAUUAUAGUUUUAGAAAAUAAAAAGUAUUUUGUUAUACUAUGUGAAUAAUAUAUUGAUAGAUAUAUACUAUAUAUAAUAUAUUAUAUACAAUUUAUAUAUAAAUUGAAUGAUUUUUAAUAAUAUCCAUUACAAUAAAUAAUAAAUUUGUAUUAUUUA